CCGCCCCGCGUCCGCCGCCGUGCUUGUCCCUCUUCACCCCGCCACUCUUGAAAAGAGAAGAAGAUGCCACUGCCCUUUGGAUUGAAGCUGAAACGCACCCGGCGCUACACGGUGUCCAGCAAGAGCUGCCUGGUUGCCCGGAUCCAGCUGCUCAAUAACGAGUUCGUGGAGUUCACGCUGUCCGUGGAGAGCACGGGCCAGGAGAGCCUGGAGGCUGUGGCCCAGAGGCUGGAGCUGCGGGAGGUCACUUACUUCAGCCUCUGGUACUACAACAAGCAGCAUCAGCGCCGGUGGGUGGACUUGGAAAAGCCCCUGAAGAAGCAGCUGGACAAAUACGCCCUGGAACCCACCGUCUACUUCGGAGUCGUGUUUUAUGUACCUUCGGUGUCACAGCUGCAGCAGGAGAUCACCAGGUAUCAGUAUUAUCUGCAGCUGAAGAAAGAUAUCUUGGAAGGAAACAUUCCUUGUACACUAGAACAAGCAAUCCAGCUAGCAGGCUUAGCUGUUCAAGCUGAUUUUGGUGACUUUGAUCAGUAUGAAUCCCAGGACUUCCUUCAGAAAUAUGCCUUAUUCCCUGUGGGCUGGCUACAAGAUGAAAAAGUAUUGGAAGAAGCAACGCAAAAGGUGGCCUUACUGCAUCAGAAAUACAGAGGGCUCACGGCUCCUGAUGCUGAAAUGCUGUACAUGCAGGAGGUGGAGAGAAUGGAAGGCUAUGGAGAAGAGAGCUACCCUGCGAAGGACAGCCAAGGCACUGACAUCUCCAUCGGAGCGUGUCUGGAGGGAAUCUUUGUGAAACACAAGAAUGGGAGGCCUCCUGUGAUAUUUCGGUGGCAUGAUAUUGCUAACAUGUCCCACAAUAAGUCCUUCUUUGCAUUAGAGCUGGCAAGUAAAGAGGAGACCAUCCAGUUUCAAACUGAAGACAUGGAAACAGCAAAAUAUGUGUGGAGGCUCUGUGUUGCGAGGCACAAAUUUUACAGACUAAACCAGUGCAGCCUGCAGACUCCCGCCGUCACGGUGAACCUGAUUAGGAGGCGGUCGUCUUCCAGGAUGACUCUGCCUAAACCCCAGCCCUACGUGAUGCCUCCCCCACCCCAGCUGCAUUAUAAUGGACACUACACAGAACCCUACUCUUCUCAAGAUAACCUCUUUGUGACCAACCAGAAUGGAUACUAUUGUCACUCUCAAACAAGUCUGGAUCGAGCCCAGCUCGACCUCAACGGUCGCAUCCGGAACGGCAGUGUCUACAGUGCCCACAGCACGAACUCCUUAAAUAACCCUCAGCCCUACCUGCAGCCCUCCCCCAUGUCCUCCAACCCCAGCAUUACUGGGAGCGACGUCAUGAGACCCGACUACAUCCCCUCACACCGGCACAGUGCACUGAUACCCCCGUCCUACCGCCCGACCCCAGAUUAUGAGACUGUGAUGAAGCAGCUCAACAGAGGAAUGGUACACGCGGAGAGGCAGAGCCACUCGCUGAGAAACCUCAACAUUGGCAACUCGUACGCGUACAGCAGGCCCGACGCGCUGGUCUACAGCCAGCCCGAGAUCCGGGAGCACGCCCACUUCACCUCUCCCCAGUCGGCCCACUACCCCUUCAAUCUGAAUUACAGUUUCCACAGCCAGUCCCCUUACCCCUACCCCACAGAGAGGCGGCCCGUGGUGGGCGCCGUGAGCGUGCCCGAGCUGACCAACGUGCAGCUCCAGGCCCAGGACUACCCGGCUCCAAACAUCAUGAGGACUCAGGUGUACCGGCCGCCCCCGCCCUACCCGUACCCCAGGCCCGCCAACAGCACCCCGGACCUGUCCCGCCACCUCUACAUCAGCAGCAGCAACCCGGAUCUCAUCACCAGGCGGGUGCAUCACUCGGUGCAGACGUUCCAGGAGGACAGCUUGCCGGUGGCCCACUCCCUGCAGGAGGUCAGCGAGCCGCUCACCGCGGCCCGGCACUCGCACCUGCAGAAGAGGAACAGCAUCGAGAUCGCGGGGCUCACCCACGGCUUUGAAGGCAUGAGGCUCAAGGAGAGGACCAUGUCGGCCUCGGCCGCCGACGUGGCCCCGAGGGCCGGCUCCGCGGGCUCCCAGCCCAGUGUUCUCACCGAGAGGACAAAACGGGGCGAGGCGGCCGAGCAGGAAGGCCUGAGAUAUGGCCACAACAAAUCUCUCUCAGACGCCACCAUGCUGAUCCACAGCAGCGAGGAGGAGGAGGAGUUCGAGGAGGAGAGCAGGGCACAGGCUGUGCUGUCCCCACGGGCACGGGAGCCCCGGGGCGGUUACUCCCAGGAGCCGCAGGCGGGCUACUCCUGCACCCCGGCGGCUGCAGGCGUGGGCCCUCUGCACAUCCUGGAGCCCAAGUCCCACGUCACAGAGGCCGAGAGGCGGGGGCGGGAGGGCAGCCCCGUGCAUGUGCUGGCGGAGGCCCAGCGGCCCAGGAGGGAUGGGCUGCUGACGCCCUCCAUGUCGGAGUCUGACCUCACCACGUCGGGGAGGUACCGGGCCCGGAGGGAUUCUCUGAAGAAGAGGCCGGUGUCCGACCUGCUCUCGGGAAAGAAGAACAUUGUUGAAGGACUUCCGCCGCUAGGGGGGAUGAAAAAGAGCCGAGUAGAUGCAAAAAAAAUCGGUCCUCUCAAGCUGGCUGCCCUGAAUGGACUCUCCCUGUCUCGCCUGCCUCUGCCCGAUGAAGGGAAGGAAGUCUCUGCCAGAGCCACCAAUGACGAGAGGUGUAAAAUUCUGGAACAGAGGUUGGAACAGGGAAUGGUGUUCACAGAAUAUGAAAGAAUCCUUAAAAAACGGCUAGUUGAUGGAGAGUGCUCAACGGCACGACUCCCCGAAAAUGCAGAAAGAAACCGAUUCCAAGAUGUGCUUCCCUAUGAUGAUGCCAGAGUGGAGUUGGUCCCAACCAAAGAGAACAACACGGGUUACAUCAACGCGUCCCAUAUUAAGGUCUCCGUCAGUGGGAUUGAAUGGGAUUAUAUCGCCACACAGGGCCCCUUGCAGAACACCUGCCAGGACUUUUGGCAGAUGGUGUGGGAACAGGGAAUUGCCAUUAUAGCAAUGGUGACAGCGGAGGAGGAGGGCGGAAGGGAGAAGAGCUUUAGGUACUGGCCACGCCUUGGUUCCAGGCACAACACUGUCACCUAUGGAAGGUUUAAGAUCACAACGCGGUUCCGCACAGACUCAGGCUGCUACGCCACCACUGGCCUGAAGAUGAAGCACCUGCUUACGGGGCAGGAGAGGACUGUCUGGCACCUGCAGUACACCGACUGGCCGGAGCAUGGCUGUCCGGAGGACCUCAAGGGGUUUUUGUCAUACCUAGAAGAGAUCCAGUCUGUUCGACGCCACACAAAUAGUACAAGUGAACCCAAGAGCCCCAACCCCCCGCUGUUGGUCCACUGCAGUGCCGGCGUGGGAAGGACCGGCGUGGUCAUUCUGUCGGAGAUCAUGAUUGCCUGUCUGGAACACAAUGAGGUGCUAGACAUCCCGAGGGUGCUGGACAAGCUGAGGCAGCAGAGAAUGAUGCUGGUGCAGACCCUGAUCCAGUACACGUUUGUGUACAGAGUGCUCAUCCAGUUCCUGAAGAGCUCCAGGCUCAUAUAGGCUCCCGCCGCUGCUGGAGGGCCCGGACCGUGCGAAGCGUUUACAGUAAGGGCAGGGCCUGCCUGCCUCACUUUCCCCUCGACAGUGUCCGCGCAGAAGGCGUGCUCAUCGGGAAGAAGGGCGGGUGGGGGCCGGUGCUGAGGGCGCGUGAAGGCUGCGGGACCCUCACCUGGACGGCGCCCGAGGAGGAGGACUGGUGCCGAGGGCGUGGCCUGCCCCGCUCUGUCCCAUCUGCAGCACUUGCACACAUUCUGGAGACUGUGUUUUCUAGACAAUUCUGUAUUUUACUGAAGCUCUGCUGGGCAACUCUGGCAAUCAUUAACGCGCAUAGAUUUCUAUCUUAAAUGAGGAUUUUGCUAAUGGCAUUUUAUUUCAUGACUAAAAUAUUUGGGGUUUUCUUGUUGAGAAACGGAACUUCCUGUGGGGAUAAUCCACAGAUAUGAGUGGUUCCUCUGUAACUUUGUAUUUAAAACCAUGUUAUUAUCUUUUGAUAUUUUUUAAAAAACCUUGGGUACUUCACAGUUUAGUAACCAAAUCCAGACUACAAGAAGGGUCUAAAAGUGUUAUUUUGAAGCAUUUAGAGAGGAUUUUUAUAUUCAGAACAUUUUUUAUCCUGAAAGUUCUAUAGAUUGGUGCCUUCUGCAUUUCCCAGACGAGAGUUGGGGCCCUCGGUGCGGAGGCUGGGCGUGGAGGCGCGUUAUUUAAAGGCAGGGAGUCCGAGUCACUGGUUCCAGUGUUAUUCGCAGGCCUAAGCGAGUGUGUUUUGGUGAAGCAGGAAGGCUGAGUUCCGGAGCGCGCUGCUGUGCGGCGAGCCGCUGACGGAGCGGCGGCAGCCGCUGAGGAGGUGCUGGAGGAGGUCGGGGUAAGGGUACGUAGGGUGGCGAGGCGCGGGGACAUCAGCGUAAGCGCAGGGUGGCACAUGCAAGACGCCUUUGGUUUUACAAAAAUGCAGUGUUAUCUGUCCUCAGUCAGAGAAGCUGGGAUGGAGCGUGGGGUUGACCCCCCCGAGGUAGGUGCCCCCAGGAAAGUCAAGGCCUGUCAGUGUCAGAGACUCCGCUUCUCUUGGAGUUCUUGCACCUAAACCUCUGUUCUUGAACAGAUAAAAUCAAGCUUAUAUUAUCAUGAAAAGGAGCCUUGAAGAGGCUUUCUUUUCGUUCAGUUGAAAGAGAAGAGUUGGUAAUAGUUUUCCCUCAUCGCCUGCGACCACAGCCGAAACUUGGGCUACCGGGGUCGCUGCGGUAUCCAAGAGGCGCUGAGGGUACUGAGUUUUAGCUCCCUAACCACCUGACUUCGCCCCUGAGAUCAAUUUUAGCUUCUUAGCCACCCCUACCACAGUGGGCAGAACAAGGCUGAGUGGGGCGGGGAGUGUCGCCUUAGGCCCAGGCUCAGGUGGCCUCGUCACGUGGGAGUCGAGUAGGUAAGGACUCAUCGGCACGGUUACCUGAGGAGCCAUCCCUCCCUGCUGAGGCUGCUUCUCCAAAUUAUAGGCUUCCAAAAUGUCCAGUCGAGGGCUGUUUCCCCAAAUUACACUAUCCUAGGGGUGUUUCCAGUCCCCACGUUAACUCCUAAAGCAGUUUAACUUACUAUUGUGAACACCGUGCGUGUGCUACCAGCUGCGGGACAGGUUCCCUUCAUAACUGAGUUACCCAGAAGCCACCACUUCAGAGGGAGAUUCAGAAGAUGUUCGUGAAAAGGAUUAUUGAAAGUGAACACAUUUGUCGCAUAGGAACAAAAUAUAUAUUUAAAAUUUUAAAUCUAAAACUGUUUUUGAGAGUCCUUUUAAAGAGCAAUAGACUUAAGUGUAAAUACUCAGAAAGAGCUCCCAGAAGGCUGGAGUAAACUUUCUUUUAUGGUAAUAUUUCCCAUCUCCAUGCCAUACAGAAGACGGGAGUGUUUCUGAUGAUUUUCUUCCACGGUAGGUUUUUAAAAAAUGCUUUUCUGUCAGGUUGAAACAUUUUAAAGUGUCCCACUGACAAGAACAUAUUGUAAAACACAAUCCGAAGAGUAAUAUAUGGUAUGUUUGUAUUCCUCUUGUAAUAAUUUGAUUAUGAGAAAGCUACGAGGCCGCAUUGCAGUUUGAAUGUCACACUUACGAUGUUGCAUGUUUGCUUUGACAUAGCUUCUAAGACCAUGUAACUUUCUGUCCCUUUUGAAUUUUUAAACUUUUCAUUACAGUUAGUGAAUAUGAAAGUAUUUCUGAAUAAAAACAAAUCUACAUUAUAGACUCUGAAA